AUGGCGGGCGAUGAUAGUCCAGCUGAAACGAAGAAGGGCAGCUCGAAGAAGAACAGUAAAGAGAGCACUCUCAAGCAAAAAUCUCCAGCUGAGUUUUUCGCGGAGAACAAGAACAUUGCUGGGUUUGAUAAUCCAGGGAAGUCGCUUUAUACUACAGUGAGAGAGCUUGUUGAAAAUGCUCUUGAUUCUGCUGAGUCGAUUUCAGAGCUCCCUGAGGUUGAAGUAACAAUCGAAGAGAUUGUAAAAUCCAAGUUUAAUUCCAUGAUUGGUCUUAUCGAUCGGGAACGUGUUGACACGAAGCUGUAUGAUGACUAUGAGACAGAGAAGGCCCGCGAGAAAAGGUUAGUGAAAGAAGCUCGUGCCAGUGAGAUACAAGCGAAAAAUUUGGCAUCGGGAAAGAAAAACAAAGAGCCUGGAGUCUCAAAGGUUUUAAAGGCUCGUGGGGAAGCAUCUUAUUACAAGGUUACAUGUAAGGAUAAUGGUAAGGGGAUGCCACACGACGAUAUCCCAAAUAUGUUUGGGAGAGUUUUGUCUGGGACGAAGUAUGGACUGAAGCAAACACGUGGAAAGUUUGGUUUGGGUGCAAAGAUGGCCCUAAUUUGGUCCAAAAUGAGUACAGGCCUCCCCAUAGAGAUCUCUUCAUCUAUGAAGAGCCAAAACUAUGUUACUUUCUGCAGACUGGAUAUUGAUAUUCACAGGAACAUUCCUCAUAUUCAUCUACACGAGAAGAAGCCCAACAAAGAGAAAUGGCAUGGGGCCGAAAUAAAUGUGGUAAUUGAGGGAAACUGGACAACAUACAGAUCAAAGAUCUUGCACUAUAUGCGCCAAAUGGCUGUUAUUACUCCUUAUGCGCAGUUUAUGUUUAGAUUUAUAUCAGAAACACCCGAGAAAAAUGUCACUAUAAAGUUUACUCGAAGAACUGAUGUGAUGCCCCCAAUUCCAAUGGAGACAAAGCACCAUCCAUCGUCAGUUGACUUGCUGCUUAUCAAGCGCCUCCUAACGGACACUUCCAAAAAGACCCUUCUGCAGUUUCUUCAGAAUGAAUUUGUGAAUAUCAACCGAAACCUUGCAGCGCGAUUAAUUGGGGAAAUGGGACCUGAUUUCAGCCCUAGCAUGGCUGUCAAAUCUGUGACAUCUCAGCAGAUGGUACGCAUACAUCAGUUAUUCCGCCAAGCUAAAUUCGACGACCCUAGUGGUGAUUGUCUUAGCCCGGCAGGAGAAUACAAUCUUCGUCUAGGGAUUAUCAAGGAGCUGCAUCCAGAUAUGGUGGCAACGCAUUCGGGCAGUGCUCAGGUCUUCGAAGGUCAUCCUUUCAUUGUUGAAGCUGGUGUUAGUGUGGGUGGAAGAGAUGUGAAACAGGCAAGUUAUAUCCCCCUUUUGUUUAUUCAUGUGUAUUCAUUCGCAGCAAAGCUUGCAAACACGCUCAAACGAGAGUUCCCUGCGGGGAUCAACAUAUUCCGUUUUGCAAACCGCAUACCUCUCCUUUUUGAACAAGGAGGCGAUGUUGUCACAAGGACAGCCUUAAAGAGAAUCAAUUGGAAUAGCUAUAAGAUUAACCAGACGCAGGAUAAAAUAGGAGUAUUUGUGAGCAUAGUGAGUACAAAAAUUCCUUUCAAAGGGACAGGGAAAGAAUACAUAGGAGAUGACAUCAGUGAGAUAGCUACUGCAGUCAAGUCUGCAAUUCAACAAUGCUGCAUCCAACUGAAAUCCAAAAUAGUCAAGAGAAUGCAAGCCCGCGAACAACAAGAGCGAAAACGCAGUUUGAGCAGAUACAUCCCCGAUGCGACUGGAGCAGUGUACGAUGUUCUAAAACAAAUGACAGAGGAACAUACUACAAAGAGAAAACGUUACAAAAAGGAAGACACAACUAUGCUUGAGGAAGUGUCUAAACGUAUAAUCACAAAAGAAACACUGAAAGAAAAGCUUGCAGAGCAUGUGGAACAGGUGGAUUACGAGAUGGCAUUAGAGUAUGCAACACAAAGUGGAGUUAGUGAAGAACCCAGAGAAACUAUUUAUCUCCAACACUUGAAUCCCAACAAUUCCAACUUCACUGAUCUUCACAGUCCAACUUUUGUCUUCAGGCUCAUCAUGUAA